AUGUUACCUCGAUUAGGAUUUUAUUUUUGUAUUGUAUUCUCUCUUUACGUAACAUCAGCGUCGACUUAUCAAUUCGAAAGUUGCUGCUUGAACGAACAAACAAACGAGAACGCAACUCGUCUACUCUCCUGUCCAUUGAAUUUCGUUAUUAAACUACGCUCUGUUAUCUUCUACACAGGUAGCGGAUGUUCACGAAGUGCAUGUCAGAAACGUUUCAACAAACAUUAUUUACCUUGUAAUAAUCAUCGGACGUGUUCAAUAUCCAUUCAAUGUAUUCUUAUGGAUUCAUCCACAUGUCCGUGGCUAACAAAAGUGAAUAGUUAUUCUCAACAUAUCAUCGUUGAUUACGAUUGUGUUUUGCAUAAGCCUGACCUAUCAUUAGUCAAUCAAACCAAACAAGAAAGUGUCGUUCUGUUUUCUGCCAAAGUCGACAUUGAAUCUCCACCUGAACUGUUCAACGAUACGAUCUCGCUCGAAGAUGAACUUGCAUGGAAAGAGUAUUUCUAUAAAAAAUACUUUCAAGGCACUGACAAAUCCGUCCUCGUCCAACAACGUUCUAUAUUUAGCGACAUACUUCGAACAAUAAUUAUUCUCACCAUCUUUGCCACUGUCCUCAUUCUGUUAAUGCUAAUUGCUUUCAUUAUUUAUAAACGUAUUAUCUCACUGAAACGCAUGAAAUUGUAUGAACAAGAAAAACAACAACCGUUUCCGGCCGAUGAUGCUUAUGAUAAUUUGAAAAGCAAUGGACAUGAAUCAGCAAGUGACAGUGGCACGACAACAGACGUCUAA